GUAGCCUCCGCAUCGUCUGGCUCUGUCUUUAUCAAAUAAAAAAAAAAAAAGAAAAAAGUGAGCCCCGUGAGCGCCCUGUCCCCUGUCGUUGUCGAUCGAAUCGAUCAUUUCACGCCUUCGUACGGCUGUGACGAUAGCUCAAGCUCGAACGACACGAGUGCAAUGCCAGUGUAAACAAAAAGAGAGCAACAGUGCGGGCAGCAAACAAAGCAAAAGUAAUAAAAAAAGGCAGAAAAGGAGUCGUAGCCAAGUUAAAAAUUAAAGAGGAAAACAAUGACGUGGACGAGCUUCACGAUGGAGCAACUGCUGUUCGGAGCGAUGGUGCUGGUAGGCCUGGUGUACUUCGAAGCGGUAGCGACGGCGAUGCUGCUGCGACAGCAGCAGGGUGUCGUGGCCUAAGGGGAGCGAGCAGCCGGAGAUAAGUGUCGCACGACAGCAACAGCGCGAGGCGUGCAGUGCGAGACGAGCGACGUCCCAGCGCCCGCUCGGUUCAUGGGUACGAGCAGUCACCAGCGACAUUUGCAUCCAAGGACAUCGCUAUGAAGACCCAACGUGCCGUCAGCUUCGACGAGUCGUCGAUGGAGAGCUGCUCGACGGCAUUGCCCGACGAGCGCUCGCGCGAAAGUUGCGGCAGCUGCGAGAGCUUCGAGAGCUCUGCCAACAACUGCAUAUCCAGGCUGAGCGGCGUCGCGAGCACGGCGGCGGCGACGACGACGACGACGAGCAGUCCGACGCCGCAGAACCUUCAAGAGGUGACGAGCCUCGAGGAAGCCAAGUGCGUCAUAGCCGCGCUCAGAGCCCGACAACGGGCGCAAGCCCAUCAGAUGCUCGCUUGGAGGAGGACCCUGAAGCUGCAGGAGGAGCUGGUGGCGCGACUGACGCGCGAGAAAGCGGAGCAGCUGCGCAGCCUGUCGUCGCAGCUGCUGCUGUUCGAGUCGCGGCUCUGCCGAAAGCAGAAGGAGAUCGAGGCGAGCCUCGCGCAGAGGGAGUCGAUGAUCCUGAAGCAGCAGCGCAUCAUCGAGCAGCUGCAGAGCAAGCUGAAGCUGGCGACCGAGCGCAGCGGCCGCUCGGCCGAGCGCGCCGGCGGCUCGCCACCGGCCUGCGACGCGCUCGACAGGCUGGACAGCCUCGGCGACGCCGACAGCGCCGUGGUCCUCGAGGACAACUUCCUCGACGAGCCCGCCCUGCCGAGGUUCCGCUCGAGCAUCGUGGACGUCACGCUCAUCAGGUCGGUGUCGGACGCGGUCGAGCCCCCGGCCAACAACAAGUACGGCUCGUCGCAGAGGCGCUGCAACGGCUACCUGCGCCGACCCGAGGUCCUGGAGACCGUGUACUCGGUGGAGGAGGACGCCGACGCCGACGGCAGCCGCGCCGCGGCCUCGGCCGACGAGGAGGAGGCGGCGCUCGACGAGGAGGCCGCCGCCGCUGCCGCCGCCGCCGCCGCCGGCACGCAGAGGCACUCGUCCGACUCGGCGAUCGACAGGCCCAAGCUCAGGGAUCUGUACGGCAGCUUCGAGCGGCUGGCUCAGCAGGAGGACGCCGCUCGCGACAGCCAGGCCGCCGGCGCUCUGCCCGGUGCGCAGAGGAGCCGCGACGAGAGCCAGCAGGCACAGGUCACUUACAACAGGGUCAUGAGCAACCACAGAUCGGUGACCAAGCCGAAGGACGUCAAGUACAAGCGCAUCAACAAGGCCAAAUCCAAGAGUCUGGAGGAGCUGCGUGGACGACUGCGCAACUGGGUCGAGAAGGGCAACAAGAUCGCCAUAUCACUCGACCAGUCGUACGCCUGACGAUAGGCUUUGCAGUGUCGUUCGUCGUCGACGUCCUCCGCCAGCGAGCGACACUGAACUGUACACACUCGCGCGUACACACGCUCCUUUAGUCGAUGAACAAAGAUUUUUUUUAAUUCUCUCUUGUGAUACGCGAGACGCGAUGAGAUUGUGAUAAGUCGUCGUUUGUUUGUUUCUCUCUCUCUCUCUCUCUCUCUCUCUCUCUCUCUCUCUCUCUCUCUCUCUCUCUCUCUCUCUCUCUCUCUCUCUCUCUCUCUCUCUCUCUCUCUCUCUCUCUCUCAAUUCUUUCGUCAAACUUGAUCCUGCUUUCUUGCGAGCGAAACGAGCAAAGACUAACAAUUGUUCUCUUUUGUCGCAACUUCGCGAGGAUACAUUUAGAUAUACGCGUGUGCAUUGGCAGGCCGACUCUUCUUCAAGCUGACGUCCCUUUGGUCGAUCGACGUGCACGUAAUCGGAAACUGCAGCCUUGGAGGACUUUUGUCAGUGAUAAAACAGCGCGCUUACGCGCCUGUGUGCCGCACGGGUUCAGCAUGCUUAACCUUUGCCACUAACAAAGCACCUUUUGCAAAAAUAUACGCGCGUCCAUGCGACUUUGACUUUGGCAUUGUUUUUUUCGCGGACAUCCGGUGCCUUGUUUUGCUGAAUUCUUUUUCGUGGUUUUUUUUAUCGAUAUCCGUAGCAUCCCGAGUCAAUAUAUAGAUUUUUUGCUCGUUCUCUCUUUAACCGACAACCGAUCCUCUAUUGUAUAAGACUCUCGUAAGUGCAUUUCGAUAGAGUGCGGCAUAUCAUACGUUGCUAUGUAACGUACCCAAAAGCGCCUUGUUGAACAAUCGAUUAAUUUUGUAUGUCUGAUCAUUGUUGGAGUCGACGACAACGUUUUGUACUCGUUGAAGAAUCAUAACGAAAAACAUUGAAAGUUAGUUGUUGUGCAGUGACGAAUGGCGAAACAAUUGGCUUGAUUCCGAUAGACGCAGAGUGUAAAACGUUAAUCGUCAUUGUCGCGAGCCUCCGAUCGACAAAUUUCAACUUGAUAUUUAUAACGAUAGCUGUUUUGGCGCUAUUUACACGAGAAAUUUGUUACGAUAAGUGUGCCAUCAAUCACAACAUAAAGAUUUAAUGUGUAUUCCUUUGUAAAUCAAAACACGACAACUACCUUUAAUUAUAUACACCUAUUGAAAGCCAGAUGCAAUGCAUAAACUGCUCGACAAUCUAGCAGAGCUAUUUUUUCAACGGAUUUGAAACAAAAGUUUUCUCUCUAUUUUUAUCCUACGGAUGUACUCAACUGGAACAGAAGAAAAAGCUAUGUAUAUUGAGACUGUAAAGGCGAGGAGGCGCUGUAUUGUGCAAAAUAAUUACCUAAGAUUUAAGAUCGCGAUCUAUAGUUAAUGUAUUUUAAAAAUAAUAAAAAAAAGACCACUUUACGACUAAAUUUACGGUUAGUAUAUGAAUUUUAUGUUCCUGCGGGCCGUUCUUCGGCUAAAACGAGCGAUCUCUUGCAUAACAACACAUUCGCGUGGAUUGCUAUUAUUAACGUAGAAUGUGUAAAUAUUUAUAUAUAUAUAAAAAAAGCACAGACACACACGUACACGUACACUGACGAAGGAGGCGCGCUCUCGCGAGUGUACGCCUUCGCGAUAGCACGCAUACAACGCGAGAUUUAUUUUUAAGAGUUUGAGAGCCGGACGAACAUUAGAUUUUUGAAGCAAGUGCGCGAAAACAAGUUACGUGCGAUACCCGCUCGACUCGACAGGUCGAGUGACUAAACCUACAGCACGACAAUGUCUUAAAAAAACGGACAGCAAUGAUCGAUAUCCUAUUCGAAUGGAACGGCGAGAGGCGCGUUGUAUUUACCAAAAGUCGGAGAUCACUCUUAAGUUGUAAGCUUGUAACAAGUUUACUCAACAAAACAGUGUAUAUCAUGUACCACCUUGCUUUACCUUACUCGAAGCUCGUAGACUGCUAUAAAUAUUACACUAACGGAUCUUCGCCUCGUUAUAAUAUAAUAAACAUAAAUUAUGCUAUCUAAA